UGCAAGGGCCCCGCCCCCUCGCUCCGGAAUGGCUUCACAAAGGAUUUGCCGACGUUCGGGAAUUCCGCCUUCAGUUCCUUUUUUAGCGCCUCUCGUGCGCUGGAAUCUGUCCAGGAUCCCACCCAUCUCCGUUAAUUUGACAACACAAAGGACUUCACCGAACCCGAAGACACCGCCUACUAUUCCAAAUAAGGGUCGUCUCUCCAUGUACGGCAAACAAUCGGCUGGAGAGCGUCCUUUUUUCUUCCUUAUCCCGUUCAUAUGAUCCGAAAGGAACUGCGCUACAAGUUACAGCGGUGCGAUCAUGGCGGAGCGAGUCCAGCAGCCCCCGGCCAAGCGGCUCUGCUGCCGGCCCGGCUACAACCCGGCAUGCAGGCAGGGGCAGCGGGCUGGAGGAGUAUUAUGUGGCGGUCCGGGGUCUGCUCCAGGGGGAUUGGGAAAAACACACAACCCCGAAUCGCUGCUCGACAUCGCGGCGCGGAGAGUCGCGGAGAAGUGGCCAUUCCAAAGGGUGGAAGAACGGUUCGAACGGAUUCCAGAACCCGUCCAGAGAAGGAUCGUGUACUGGUCGUUCCCGAGGAGCGAAAAGGAGAUCUGCAUGUAUUCUUCGUUCAACGCAGGGGGAGAGGAGAGUGGAACUAGCGGGGAAAACAAUGACGAGACCCAGCUGCCUUUCCUACGGGGUGUCACUCUGCUGGAGGGCGGUUGGGUGGACAACGUACUGCAAGUCGGGUUCCAUCUGAGUGGUACGGUAACAGACCCGGCUACGUCCUCUCAGCCUGAGAUGGUCUGCAGCGUGAGCGUCAGCUUCGACCGCUGUAAGAUCACCGCGGUAACCUGUAGCUGCGGCAACAAGGACAUCUUCUACUGCGCCCACGUGGUAGCGCUGGCCCUGUACCGCGUACGGAAGCCCGAGCAGGUCAAACUGCACCUGCCCAUCUCAGAGACGCUGUUCCAGAUGAGCCGGGAUCAGCUGCAGAAGUUUGUCCAGUACCUGAUAUCAGUGCAUCAUACGGAGGUGUUGCCCACCGCACAGAAACUGGCUGAUGAGAUACUGUCAACUAACUCUGAGAUCAACCAGGUCCACGGGGCCCCGGACCCCACUGCAGGGGCCAGUGUGGAUGAUGAGAACUGUUGGCACCUGGAUGAGGAUCAGGUCCAGGAGCAGGUGAAACUCUUCCUGUCACAGGGAGGAUAUCACGGCUCUGGGAAACAACUCAACCUCCUGUUCAGCAAGGUGAGGGAGAUGCUGCGUAUGCGUGACUCCAAUGGAGCACGGAUGUUAACACUGAUCACAGAACAGUUUAUGGCCGACCCUCGCCUGGCACUGUGGAGACAGCAGGGCACCACCAUGACCGACAAGUACAGACAGCUCUGGGACGAACUAGGUGCCCUGUGGAUGUGUAUCGUGCUGAACCCCCACUGUAAGACGGAGCAGAAGAGCUUGUGGCUCAGACAGCUGAGGAGGUGGAACAGCGUGGACGUGUGCCCCUGGGAGGAUGGUAACCAUGGCAACGAUCUGCCCAACCUCACCCACUCCCUGCCUCAGGGUGCCCAUGGCAACCAAGAGUCGCGUCCCCACAGGACGGUGUUCACACGGGCAAUCGAGGCCUGUGACCUCCACUGGCAGGACCGUCACCUGCAGCACAUCAUUGCCAGCGACCUCUAUGCCAACUACUGUUACCACGAGAACCAGGACGGCUCGCUCUUCGACGCACGCGGAUGGCCCAUGUGGCACGAACACGUUCCAACGGCUUGUGCUCGGGUGGACGCCCUGCGUUCCCAUGGUUACCCCCGCGAAGCACUGCGAUUGGCCAUUGCCGUGGUGAACACACUACGGCGGCAGCAGCAGAGACAACUGGAGCACUUCCGCCGACAUAAGAAAGAGCUGCUCCAUAAAGCCGUCACCUCCAUAACCAACAUGGAGGGCUGGGUGGGUCACCCCCUGGAUCCCAUCGGCACCCUGUUCAGCACCCUCACUGAAACGGGACGGGGGGCAGAGGAGGGGGCCAACACCUGCCUUGACCUCUCAGAUUGUUCCAGUGUGGUGAGUCGUGCGGAGCUGCAGCGGUUGCCAGUGCAGAGGUUGCUAGGCGAGGGCGAAUCGUACGUGGCGCUUGCCGUGGAGACUGCUCUGAUUGGCUUAGGCCAGCAGAGGGUGAUGCCUGAUGGGCUGUACGCUCAGGAGAAGGUGUGUCGCAACGAAGAGCAGCUAUUGGCCAAGCUGCAGGAAGUGGAGCUGGAUGACACGCUGGUCAAGAUCUUCCGCAAACAAGCCGUCUUCCUGUUAGAGAGUGGGCCGUACAGUGGCCUGGGAGAGAUUGUCCACAGAGAGAGUGUUCCCAUGCACACCUUCACCCGCUAUCUCUUCACCUCUCUCCUACCUCACGACGCUGAACUGGCGUACAAGAUUGCACUGAGAGCCAUGCGGUUGCCUGUGUUGGAGUCCACAGCCUUGUCAGGUGACCUGUCGCGACCCCAUCACUUGGUGUCUGUGGUCCCCAACCGCUACCCUCGCUGGUUCACACUCUCCCACAUAGAGUCCCAGCAGUGUGAACUGGCCUCCACCAUGCUGACUGCAGCCAAAGGUGAUAGUUGUAAGCUGGAGACAGUACUAGAGUCCAUUCAGAAGAACAUCCACUCCUCGUCUCACAUCUUUAAACUUGCCCAGGACGCCUUCAAGAUCGCUACACUGAUGGACAGCCUGCCAGACAUUACACUGCUCAAAGUCUCACUGGAGCUUGGGCUACAGGUGAUGAGGAUAACCCUGUCUACGUUAAACUGGAGGAGGAGGGAGAUGGUACGGUGGUUAGUUACCUGUGCAACCGAAGUAGGUGUGUAUGCGUUGGACAGUAUCAUGCAGAGUUGGUUCACCCUCUUCACCCCGACCGAGGCCACCAGCAUCGUGGCCACCACCGUCAUGUCCAACACCACCAUUGUCCGCCUGCGUCUGGACUGUCAUCAGCAGGAGAACCUGGCCUCCUCCGCCCGAACCCUGGCCCUGCAGUGUGCCAUGAAGGACCCCCAGAACUGUGCCCUCUCUGCCCUCACCCUCUGUGAGAAGGACCACAUCGCCUUCGAGACGGCCUACCAGAUCGUUCUGGAUGCGGCCGUCACGGGCAUGAGCUACACACAGCUGUUUACGAUAGCUAGGUACAUGGAGCACAGGGGGUACCCUAUGAGGGCGUACAAGCUAGCCACGUUAGCCAUGGCUCAUCUAAACCUCCGCUACAACCAGGAUACCCACCCGGCUAUCAACGACGUGCUGUGGGCCUGCGCUCUGAGUCACUCGCUGGGCAAGAACGAGCUGGCUGCCGUCAUCCCCCUCGUGGUGAAGAGCGUGAAGUGUGCCACGGUGCUUUCCGACAUUUUGCGGCGGUGCACGCUGACCACGCCGGGGAUGGUGUCAGCGCUGCACAGCCGCAGGAACUCUGGGAAGCUGAUGUCGCUGGACAAGGCUCCGCUCAGGCAGCUGCUGGAUGCCACCAUCGGGGCCUACAUCAACACCACACACUCUCGCCUCACGCACAUCAGCCCGCGGCACUACAGCGAGUUCAUAGAGUUCCUGGGGAAGGCCCGGGAGACAUUCCUCAUGGCCCAUGACGGACACAUCCAGUUCACACAGUUCAUAGACAAUCUUAAACAGAUCUAUAAGGGCAAGAAGAAACUCAUGAUGCUGGUGAGGGAGAGGUUUGGCUGACCAGGGUCGGUCCCUAGUACUUUUCUAUUAACUCAAGUCUGCCUUUUGAACUUCUUUGGACUUGAACAUGGACAAGUAAAGAGAGAAACAAAGCAAAAGAAGGAGAAAAAAUACUCAACAGAGCCACCUGGUAUUAUUGUUCUUGCUGUUAUUGUUAUAAACAUUAUUACUAUCAUUACUAUGUGUACAGACGUGUUUUAUUUUCAGAAGAGGAAAUGUGUCAAGUUGUGAAUGUUGUGAGUACUUAUUUGUGUGUGUGAGAGGAAAAAGAGGAUAACUAAAAUGGCUUUUUCUGUUUGUUUUUUAUUAUUAGCAUUUUUUAUAGUAUUUUUUAUUUUGGUUUUAUACUGAGUAUAUGUUGUCAAGUGGCUAAAGGCCCUUGUGCAAAAGCGCUCGUGUAAAAACGCAUUGGCAGCCUCAAAGAGACACAAUGGCUUUAAAACCACACAGCACCUCUUGGCUAUUGGCUACGGAACGUAGGAAGCACUGCACAGCUUGGCUCCUUGAGAAAACCACCAUUAGCAUUUCUGUUGACUCAGCACUUGUGUUUUCUCUAGGUCAUAGGCAUUAGUUAGAUUCUAGUUCUAGAAUAAUGCUCUUAACAGACUGUCGUUGUUUCAGAUGCAGUAAUAAUGAAUAUCUGUUAGAUUGAGGACUGCAGUACAGGACUACAGUAAUGGCACAGUAAGAUGAGGAUAUGGAGUAUUAUCAAAGCGAGUACUAGUGUUUGAUGUAUUAUGGUAGAUAUAUCCCAAAAUGUACUUAGAACCAUCAAACUUGUAAUUGUGGGUUAGUUUUUGGUUAAAGUCUUAAGAUAAACAGUUGCUGGAGACAUUGCCUCGUACCUUCAGUUUAACCCAGUCUUUACUAAAUGUACUGUAUUGGUGUUUCAACAAUUGAAGAAGUCCAGGUGGAUCAGAAGACUAGCCUGGUUACCUGACUGUUUUUGUAUUCAGAAGACUAGCCUGGUUACCUGACUGUUUCUGUAUUCAGAAGACUAGCCUGGUUACCUGACUGUUUCUGUAUUCAGAAGACUAGUCUGGUUACCUGACUGUUUUUGUAUUCAGAAGACUAGCCUGGUUACCUGACUGUUUCUGUAUUCAGAAGACUAGCCUGGUUACCUGACUGUUUCUGUAUUCAGAAGACUAGCCUGGUUACCUGACUGUUUCUGUAUUCAGAAGACUAGCCUGGUUACCUGACUGUUUCUGUAUUCAGAAGACUAGCCUGGUUACCUGACUGUUUCUGUAUUCAGAAGACUAGCCUGGUUACCUGACUGUUUCUGUAUUCAGAAGACUAGCCUGGUUACCUGACUGUUUCUGUAUUCAGAAGACUAGCCUGGUUACCUGACUGUUUCUGUAUUCAGAAGACUAGCCUGGUUACCUGACUGUUUCUGUAUUCAGAAGACUAGCCUGGUUAGCUGAAUGUUUCUGUUUUCAAUGCUACAUUACAUCGCUGCCUUGGCAAGACAACCAACCACAGGUUAACUAAAACCGAAACAGACUGGCACCUAGUGACCCAGGCUACUGGAAGAUGUGUCGGACUGGGUAACUAACUACAGAUCAUGGUUAUAGUUGUAGAGUGUAGCUCCAGAAUGGGCCAGUGUCAAUGCUUUCUGUGCGUGUGGAACCAUAGAAUAAUUAGAAUACCAUUAGAAUUUGGUUCUAAUAGGCCUCUUCUAUGUGUAGAACCUUCAGCAACUGUCAACAGACGUUCUCAGGGAUUUCUCUAAAAUGAAAAGGAAAAAGGAAGAACAAACGAGUACAGGAAAACAAAACGUGACACGACACAAGCAAGCAUUUAUUGUACUGUGUAUAUAUAAAAUAGUAUAAGUCUGAAUAUGGAGGAUUCAAAAGUAUAUGUUAACUAGUUUAUACAGAGUAUUCUAUGUAAUGUGAAAUACUUGAAGCCACUGUAGCUUGCUCUUUUUCUGUUAGUCUUCUUUUUCUCUACUUGUAUUUACCACAGAACUUAUCAGAAAGACUGAAUUGGCUAAUGGAGGGUUACUGUAGGCUCACAAGGAUAGUGUCAGUACUAAGACAUUGGUUGAGAUUAUCGUACUGUUAUCAACGGUUUGAUUGGUAUCUAUUCACGUUAUUAGAGUACAGUGAAAAUAUGUUAUUCUCUCAACGGCCACUUUUCACAAUUAACAGAUUUAUGUAUUUGACUGAUGUGCAGUAUUCCAUUGACACUGUACAUGGCAUAUGGUAACCUGAGCAUAGAUUUUUCAUAACAUUGAUCAGCUGUUGAGAAAUUACUUUAGAUUUAUAACUUUAGACCAAUACUUGGCUAACCAGUAGUGUGAAAUCUCUGGUCAAUCAAUGACACUGAUUGAUCCAUUAAAACCAGCAGGACUGUGACCCUCGAGGACAGGAAUUGUGCUCCGCUGCAAUGUACUACAGUCCUCCUACUCUGUCUGCUUGCAUCUGAACACGGCACAGACCAGUGUGUGUCUCUCUCUGUAUACGGUCGGCAAUUGUACUCAUAACUUGCCUUGUUUCUUUUUUCUUUUCUUUUUGAAGUGCUUUCUCUUGUGUUCUUUAAAGAAGAAACAGCCUUUUCUCUUGCCUUGUCUUAACACUUUAAAGUAACCAAACAGGAGUUCUAACAACCAAACAAAUGCGUUCCAAGAAGUGAAAGCCAAGCCACCUUGGUCCCAGCUUUAGUGUCCUUAAUUAGUAACUGAAUGGCUCUGUAAACUCUGUGCUUUUAACAAAGCAGUUCCUCAUGUGUGUUUGGUGAAAAACGUUGUCCUGUGUCUCUCAUCCUCUAAUGAAAGGAUUUCCUCUCUUUCUUUCUAGCAGUUUUUUUUCUGUUCGUGUAGGAAGUAGAAUCUUCUGUUUUUCCAUUUUAUUUAUUACAAUGAUCCAUGUAUACAUGCUUAUGAAAUUAAGAUUUGAUACACCAAUAUCAAUUUAUUUAUGUAACUAAAAUCACUGUUUUAUAAUCUUGUUAAUGAGUCAAUUGAUUUUUGUUUUGUUUUAAUUAAAGUUAGUUGUUUUUUUAAGGUA